UUUUAGUUUUUGAUCCACACACACUCUGUUUCAAAAAGUAAAAUAAAAACUGUAUAUCGUAGUUUUUUUUAUUCUUCGUUCCUCGCUUAAACCCAUUAAGUCAAAUUUAUCUGAUAAAGCAGCAAAGAGAUCUGGCGUGAACGAGACCAAUGCUUCUUCGUAUUGUUCAAACCGCGAUUCUAAGUUUCGUUAUCGCCGCCGGGAUCUCCAUCUCAACCGUAGUCGCCGAGAAAGAAUCAAUAUACGAGAUCCUACAGGCAAACGGUUUACCUUUGGGGAUAUUUCCGAAAGGGGUGAAAGAGUUCAGCGUCGUCAACGGCGAAACCGGACGGUUCUCGGUUUAUUUGAACCAGUCGUGCAAUGCCAAGUACGAGACCGAGCUGCAUUACGACGCGAGUAUUUCGGGAACUAUAGGUUAUGGACAAAUCACUGAUUUGUCGGGAAUCUCGGCGAAGGAGCUCUUCCUUUGGUUUCAAGUUAAAGGAAUCCGAGUCGACGUGCCGAGUUCUGGUCUCAUAUUCUUCGACGUUGGUGUUGUUCGCAAGCAAUACUCCUUGUCUUUGUUCGAGACGCCGAUGGAUUGCGUUGCGGUUCGUGGUGAAAAAAAGGUUCAGCCUUAUACGUUGCCGUUGUAUCAAGUAGAUCAAACUCUUAGAAGAAACAUUGUUUAGCCGGAGUGUAAAAGGGAACGUUGAUUUAUACUAUACAAGAAAGAUACAUAGAUGCUCUCAUCAAUUCUUCAAGGUUUUGGUUUCAAACCUUAAAGAACGAUUAUAAGUUCAUACUUUCCUUCCCCAUCCCGGUGUUGUUUCUGCAUUGCGUUCUGAGAUGGAACCGAGAGAAUCUGUGAGCGGAAGUUAGACGGAAGGAACAAUAUAUGGUUGGUCUGUAAAAAGAUGAUAAAGUAACGGUCCAUAUUUGGUUGAGGUGAUGGAUGUUUUUGUUUCAUUUGCUCUGUUUUGUACUUUGGCACGUAAGCACAGAUAAAAAAAAAUAUAUAAUCAUGUAACUAGCAGAAUAAAUGUCGUAUUAAAUCUGUAAUCAAUUUUUCUUCAUCAAAUAUUAGAGAAAGAGAGCUUCUUAGCUA